AAGAAAACUAAGAAAAGGCAGCGUAAGACUUUGGAGCUCCAUAAACCUGACAUCAGUGUGAUGCAUCACUUUAUAAAGAAAGGAGUGGGGCAGACAGGAGGAAGAAGGAAGAGGUAAACAAGAGAGCAGAGGGAUAAGGUGUAGGUGAGGAGGGUGGAGUUAAGAAACACACACACAACGUGGAACAUAGACAAACAGAGAGCAGCACGGUGCUCCCCUGAGCCGGACAAGUCGCCUGAGAAAAACAAGACAAUAAAGAUCUGAGCAGCACAACACAUUCAGCUGGGAGGAUGUAUGAAAAGAGCCUGACUGUGUGAAGAAGGGAAACAUGAGCCCGAAAUAACAGGAUUGAACAAUUCUUAUUUGGAUAUAAGACACAACUGAGGAGCUGAGGUAAGGAUGUCUUCAAUAUCAGAGGCAGACUUCCGCUGCGAACAUGGCGAUACUAUCUGUGAAAUCCGUGUGUACGAGCAGGAGGUGAUCAUUGUGCCCAUCUUGCUGCUGGCCAGCUUCCUGGUCACUCUGGUCUUUAUUUUGCUGCUGCGCUUUUGUCCAGAGAAAGUCGAUCGCAUCCGUCCACAGGCCUCAAAGCCGGCCACCAGGAGGGUGCUGCAUGGCAUCGAUGCUCCAGCGGGUAUCAAUGUCCUGGAGCAUGAAAGCAUCGCUCUGGACAUGCCCAGUUCCUACUCCACCUUCCACCCCCCGAACACUUACUACUCCAAAAACCUCUCCAUGGCUGUGGACACACCCUCUCUCCCCCCGAGCCCCCCACCGCAGCCCUACAAGCCCAGUUUCACUCCCAUCGUCCAGCCCAGAGAGCUGCCCCGGAAGAGACUACCUGAGACCUUCAACCUGGUCUCCCCUCUGCCUGCUGCCUUCUCCCUGCGCUCAGAGUCCUGUGUGUCUCUCUACAGGGCCCGCAUGGAAAACAGGAAUGUGGUACUGCGAGUCCUUAAUGACUCGGCUGAUGCCACAGAGAGACACAACUUCCUGGGCUUUGCAUCCUUCCUGGCGCAGCUGGGACCACAUCCCUUCUUGCCAGAGCUUCUCGGUGUUGUCUCACUUCGAGCUCCUCUGGUUACAGUCGUAGAAGAGCUGGAGAACAGAGACCUGCUCAGCUUCCUGUGGCGAUGCAGACAGGAACAUGUGGAUCCUCCAUGUGAGAUGACUGAGAGACGAAUAUUUACCAUGGCCAAACAGGUGGCUUCGGCAUUGGAGUUCCUGCACAGCAAAGAUCUCCUCCAUGGAAAUAUUCGUGCCCGCAGCGUGCUGGUCAGCAGGGAGUGCACUGCAAAGCUUUGGGGCCUGCACGGGGUCUACACAAGGAAGAACCAGGGAGCCACUCAGAAAGAUGAUCCCAGCAUGAAGAAAUGGCAGGCACCUGAGCUGUUAGCCAAGAGACCUGCCAGUCAGAGCAGCGACAUCUGGUCAUUUGGCAUUUUACUAUAUGAAAUGGCAACAUUGGGUGAAGCUCCAUUUGCAGAAAUCUCAGUUAAUGAGCUUCUGCAGUUUCAUCAACGAGGGAAAAGUCUGAAAAAACCUUCCAACUGUUCCAACACGCUAUACUCUGUCAUUAAGAGUUGUUGCCAGUGGAAGGACCAGGAUCGCCCCACUCUGGCUGAGAUGAGCCGGAAGCUCGUCUCAGGAGAGAAAAGUGCCUCUGACAAAGUCCUCAAGGCGUCUGGGACAGUUAACAUCGAGCAGUACCUGCAGGAGGCAGGAUACGGGGAAACCAACAGCUACACUGUUUUCUGAUUGCCGUCUGUGCCAGCAAAACAAUUUGCACUAUUCUCCUCAGUGGUACCCCAAACAUGCACUUCUACACAACAAUUUCUCUCAGGUGCAAUAAAAGUGUUUUUACUUUAUGAGUGCUCUGUGCACUGUUUUUUACUUUAUGUAUUCUUCAGGUUCACACAAAUACUGAAAACAAAUACUGUAUUCUAAAGAAGUUAUUUACUUUUGGGAACCAUUUACUGUCUUCUAAGUACGACCUAGUUCGUGUUUGUCUUUGUUUGUCAAGGCUCUUUCUGGUUCAGGUCGGGAAAUACAAGCGGUAAUUUUGUUGUAACUCAUUUUAUGAUAUGUAAACUUGACCUUUGUACAGCCACUGCAUCCUGAACUUGUAGUCGAUACUGUCAGUCCAUGACGGUUUGCAGAUCCUGUUUAUAACCAAAUGUAAAUCUACAGAUGUAAUAUAUGCUAUUACCGCAUUUUGUAUUUUUUAAAUUCUAUAUUUGGUAGUUGUGGAAAUGAAGGGCGCAUUAUUGUAUUUAUGUUAUGACACUCACUGUCCUCUCUAUAAGCUGAGUUCACGAGAACAUCGAUGGGCAUCAACUGUUUACACAAAUUUAAAUGUGAAUAAAAAUAUUUCAAGUCCUA